AUGUCUCACGCGUGGCUGCCGUGCUCGGCAGCAGACCAGGACCACUUCGGCCCGACCGUUGACAAAUCCUGCCACCACGGCUUCGAUUUUACCCUUCUAUUCGAAGAGACGGUAUUGACGCUUUUGCCGAUUAUCCUCGUCUGGAUAGCGGGAUCUAUACGCGUCUGGACACUGCGUCAUGUCUCAGGAAAGGCGAAUCGAUCAUGGCUCUACACCGCGAAAGAGAUCGCACUGGUACUGCAUGUAGCGAUUCAAUCGAUUAUGUUGGUUCUGUGGUGUCAAUCGUCGACUCCGAGAACGCGAGCGACCGUGCCGACUGCCAUUGCGACUGUGGUCACCUACUGCUUCUUUCUCUACUUGUCGCACCUGGAGCAUAUCCGCUCUCUGCGACCUUCUUCGAUUCUUUGUCUAUUCUUCGUGCUGACCAUUCCUUUUGAUCUGGCUCGACUUCGUACAUUUUAUUUCAUGCCUGAUAAUCAACCCAUCACGGUUCUCUUCGCGAUCGGUCUGGUGAACAAGGCUGUUAUUCUUGUACUGGAAUCGACAGAGAAAAGACAUCUGCUCAAGAAAGCGUUCGAGGGGAGUGCAGUUGAAUCCACGAGUGGGAUUAUCAGUCGCUUCUCCUUCUGGGGGAUGAAUGACCUGCUCGCGAAAGGAUCAAAGUCUACGCUGACGGUUGAGAGCCUGCCUCUUCUUGCCGACGAUAUAAGAGAAGCUUCCGACCCUCAAAGCCUGGAGGAGCGAUGGGAUAAAGCUAACAAGUAUCGAUCCAACGCCCUUCUAUGGACCUUUGCUCUCCAUUUCAAAUGGGAUUACCUCGCAGGUGUUGUACCUCGCCUCGCCUUUACUGGGUUCUGCUUCGCGCAGCCGUUUCUGGUUGAACGGGUCCUUGAUUUCAUGACCGAGCCGGAACAUGUCAAUUCGGACAAUUAUGCCCGUGGCCUUGUUGGGGCGUAUGCGAUCGUCUACGUGGGUCUUGCGGUCUCGUUCGCUGCCUAUCAACACAAAAUCGACCGGAUGAUCACAAAAAUGCGAGGAAGCCUGGUCGCUAUGAUCUUCAACAAGACACUGCGAAUGAGCACCUCUACAGUCUCUGAUGCAUCUGCUAUCACUUUGAUGAGCACGGAUAUCGAGAGAAUCGGAUACGGCCUGCGAGAUAUGCAUGAAAUCUAUUCAAACUUUACAGAGGUUGUACUUGCCUUGUGGUUGCUGGCGCGAUUGCUCAAACUCGCAACACUAGCAUCCACGCUAGUCGUGAUAGUGUGCUUGGUUGCUGGAGUUCCACUAGCUGUCGCAUCCAGCAGUGCCCAGGGCCUCUGGCUAGAGGCCGUGGAAGAACGCGUCGCCGUCACCGCGAAAGUCCUCGGAGUGAUGAAGAACAUCAAAAUGACCGGAUUGACAGAUGUAAUCGCGGACCUAGUUCGUAAGCUCAGAGUACAGGAAAUCAAAGCCGCGUUUCCAUACCGGCUGUACGGUGUCAUUAUUGUCACUUGCUCAUACGCAUCUUCAGCACUAGCCCCAGUCUUUGGAUUCGGUGUCUACACUCUUCUCGCCCGUGCACACGAUAACACAACACUGACCAACGGAAUUGCCUUCUCGGCCCUAACACUUUUCUCGCUCCUGGACCAACCUAUGAUAUCAUUCGUCUACGGAUCAGAGGAUAUCAUGGCGGUCGUGAAUUGCUUCCAGCGGAUCCAGAAGCAUCUGCAGGAAGUAGAGAGAGCCGACUAUCGACUCACGCAUGAGUCCCAGUCAACUCAAUUAAUUGACAUCGACUCAGACGACGAAGGCCAACAUUCGUUCAGUGCAGUACUCCACGAAUUAUCAGCAGCAUGGUCCGUAGACGACGAGCCAAUUCUCAAAGACCUUAACCUCAAAAUCCCAACAGGAGAAACAACCAUGGUCGUCGGACCCGUGGGUUGUGGUAAAUCCACCCUGCUGAAAGUGCUUCUUGGCGAGGUUCCCGAGUGUACCGGGUCGAUCUCGACUACUUUCAAGAAUGCGGCUUACUGCAGCCAGUCGCCUUGGAUUACGUUCGGUACUGUCCAGCAGAAUAUUCUGGGUGCUUCUCGGCUGGACCAACGGUGGUAUGAUCGUGUUGUUCAGGCUUGUUCUCUGCAGUUUGAUUUUCAGCAGCUUCCUUUUGGAGAUCAGACGAAGGUUGGUGUUCGUGGGUCGCGGUUGAGUGGUGGGCAGCAGAUGCGGGUGGCAUUGGCGCGGGCCCUCUACUCGAGACAAUCUGUUCUCAUUCUCGAUGACGUUCUUACCGGCCUUGAUCGAGAAACCGAAAAGUCUGUUCUAGAGGAAGUUUUUGCUCCAAAUGGACUUGUGAAGGAAUUCCGUCAUACCAUGAUUUUGGCCACUAAUUCCACACACCAUCUGCCCUACUCCGACUUUAUUGUUUCGCUUAGCGAAGAUGGCCACAUCGUCGAACAAGGCUCCUACGACGAAUUAGUGUCUGCAAAGGGCUACGUCAGCUCUCUCUCCAGUACAUCCAGCACAGUCACGACCAAGCGAGCACCUGAUGUAGUUCUCGACGACGAAACUCUUCAAGAACUGAAACUCCCCGACGACGAAAAGGUCGACGACACAAGUCGACAGACAGGAGACUUUUCAGUCUACCUGUACUAUUUCCAGAAUAUUGGCUGGCCACUCCUACUGCUUCACGUCGCGUGCUCUGUCCUAUUCCUUGCUGGAUUAAAAUUCCCACAAAUCUGGCUUCAAUGGUGGACUCGCGCGAACGAAGAAGUCCCGAAUCAAAAUGUCGGAUACUGGCUCAGCGGAUAUGCUGCACUGGGAGUCUUGACUCUUCUUGCCACCUGUCUCGCCAAUUGUGUCUUUAAUAUGAUCAUUGUACCCAAGACAGCCCGUCGAUUCCACGAGAUUCUGCUCGGAACAACCAUGAAAGCAACAACAUCCUUCCUCACCUCAACCGACAUCGGAUCCACAACCAACAGAUUCAGCCAAGACCUCGAACUAAUCGACGAAGAGCUCCCCUCCUCCUUCGAACUAACCCUCGACGCAGUCCUCGGCUGCAUCGUCGAAGUCUUCCUAAUCUUCAUCGGCUCCUCCUACGUCACCAUUGCUGUAAUUCCGUUCUGCAUCCUAACGGUCACCUACGUAGCACGCUACUACAUCCGGACAUCCCGUCAACUCCGCCUGCUCGAGAUCGAAGCAAAAGCCCCCCUCUUCUCGCAAUUCCUUGAAGCGCUCAGCUCCCUCCCGAGUAUCCGCGCUUACGGCUGGAACGGGCACUACCGGACCCAGAACAGGAUUGCCCUCGAUAUAUCGCAGCGUCCGUUCUACACGCUCUAUUGUAUCCAGCGGUGGCUGAGUCUCGUGCUGGAUUUGAUUGUUGCCGGGAUUGCAGUGACAGUAAUCGCGAUUGCGAUGUCGAUGAGAGGUCGUUCGGAGCUUAAUCUUUUCGGGAUUGCGCUUUUUAAUAUUGUUGGUUUUUCCGCGACGUUGCAGAGUCUUGUUACGGAGUGGACUGGUCUCGAGACUUCCAUUGGCGCGGUUUCUAGGAUUAAGUCCUACGUGCAGAAUGCGGCGGCUGAGGAUCUGGAGGGAGAAGAUGGUGUUGUUCCGGGAUUUUGGCCGUUGAAUGGGAAGGUGGAGUUUAUUGGUGUUUCUGCUUCUUAUGAUGCAUCCUCCAACCCCGUCCUCCAGGACAUAACCCUAAGAAUCCACGCGGGCGAAAAAAUCGCCAUUUGCGGCCGAACAGGCAGCGGCAAAUCAACCCUAAUCUCAAGUCUCCUCCGACUCCUAGACCUCACCACCGGCAAAAUCACCGUCGACAACAUCGACAUCUCACGCAUCCCCCGCUCAACCGUGCGGUCUCGCUUAAACACCAUCCCCCAGCAACCCUUCUUCCUACACGGCAGCAUCCGACUAAAUGCCGAUCCCAGCGGUACUCUCGAGGACGCACCCAUCAUCUCCGCAUUGGAGAAGGUAAACCUCUGGUCGCACGUCAAGAGCAAGGGUGGACUCGACGCAGAGUUAUCAGAUGACCUCCUCUCGCAUGGGCAGCAGCAGCUGUUCUGCCUGGCUAGGGCUUUGUGUAAGAAUAGUCGGGUUGUCGUUUUGGAUGAGGCGACGAGCAGUGUGGAUGCCGAAACAGAUAAACUCAUGCAGCAAAUCAUCCGCACAGAGUUCAGGGAGAAGACUGUUAUUGCGAUCGCGCAUAAAUUGCAUACCGUGCUGGAUUUUGACAAGGUUGUUUUUAUGGAGCGGGGGCGGGUUGUUGAGUUUGAUCACCCUGGGGCGCUUCUUCAGAGGGAGGGGUCGGCUUUUAGAGGGUUGUUUGAGAGUUUCGAGAGGGGGGUGGAGUAG